AUGCUCUCUGGAAUUGGACCAAAAAAACAUUUAAAUUUUCACGGUAUUACAACCAUCAAAGACUUACCAGUAGGUUAUAACUUACAGGAUCAUGUGUCACUUCCUGUGUUCGUAUUUACAGAUCGCAAAUAUAGAUCAAUUGAGGACAUAAAAAAUGAAAGUAGUGAUUUGUUGCAAAAAGAAAUGAGCCUAUAUUCAAAAAAUAUAUCAACACUCGGCCUAACGAACCUUAUGACAUUUUAUAAAUCAAACGACGAUUUAGAGUAUCCUGAUAUACAACUAAUAAAUUUCAGAAUUCCGUUCAACUCAACAAACUCUUUUCCAAAUAAAAUUAAUGUUUUAACAAACAUGUUUGGAUAUGCUAAAAAAGUAACAGAUUUAUAUGACGAGUUAAACUGGUUAAGUGACCUUAUAGUAAUCACACCAGUUUUGUUACAACCAUUAAGUACAGGUCGAGUUAUGUUGAAAUCUGUAAAUCCGUUAGACGAUCCAAGAAUUAUUUUAAAUUAUUUAUCAUAUGACAAAGAAAUAGAAACCCUAUUAAAGGGUAUUGAAUUUGUUGUCAAAUUAUCUAAAACUAAAAGUAUGAUUGAUGCUGGGCUUGUAUUAGAGGAGCUGAAAUUAUCAAAUUGUGCCAAUUGUAUUUGGGACACUCGAGAGUAUUGGAUUUGUAUCAUUCAGAACUUAGCAGCUCCUUUUUAUCAUGUCGUUGGUACUUGUAAAAUGGGUCCAGAAGAUGAUUGUUAUUCUGUUGUUGAUACUAAAUUAAGAGUGAAAGGUAUAAAUGGUUUGAGGUUGAUCGAUAGUUCAAUUAUGCCGAAAAUUGUUUCUGUGAAUACCAACGCAGCUUCAAUAAUGAUUGGUGAAAAAGGAAGCGAUAUAAUAAAAGAAUGUUAUGGAAAGCUUUGA